CUGCAUUCCACUUCUCCAAGACCUAAGCCUACAGGAUGGGUCGCUUCCCAGCCCGUCUGCUAUUGCUGGCACUAGCAGGGCCCUGCAUUGCAGGAAAGGACCUGGAAAUGGUGAGAAGAGUGCGGGGAGGCGCGCUCACUACAGUGUGUCACUACAACGAACACAAGUAUUUACAAAGUGAGAAAUUUUGGUGCAAGGAGCUGUCAGACUUGGAAUGCCGCACCAUAGUCCAGAGCUCCCCCACAGCAGGAAGGAAUUCUCUAAAUUCUCCAGAUGCAAGGGUCAGCCUAAAAGACUUGGGAAUUGGCUGGAUUUCUGUGUCCAUGACGGAGCUCCGGGUAGAGGAUUCGGGAAUAUACUGGUGUGGCGUUUCCGAUCAUAUGAAGAUUAUCCCAUUGAAAAAGAUAAAAGUGGCAGUAUCUUAUGAAGCUCCCAUGAGGCUAUCUGCCAAAAAAGGAGACUCCAUCUCCCUAAAUUGUUCCUAUUUUAUGAUGGACGACAGCAGAAGACCUAAUAAUUUUACCUGGUGCAAAAUGAUAACCGCAACCAGAUGUCAACCUGUCGUCAGCGUUGAGAUUGAUCAGAUUGUUAAUAUGCGAGAAAGGACCAGGAUAAAGCUUGACCGGUGGAACAGAGUGAUUAUAGUGACGCUGGUGGCGCUCCAGCUACGUGACUCGGGGGAGUAUCAUUGUGAGACCCAUCUCCAGGGAAGUACCAUGCUACUGAAGAUGAUCACACUGAAUGUUUUGGAAUCUUAUGAUAGGACAGCUUUUGUGACUACAUCCCGUCCCAUUGACGACAUAGGAGCCGUCCUCCCAACUGCAGCCAGGAAUGAUCAGCAGAGCUGGUACUCGGAGGUCAAUCUCAAUGUCCUCUGUAUCAUGGUUGGAUUGCUGGGCACUAAAUUCCUGACAGCACUCCUGAUCUUUAUCGUCGCCAGCCAAAGGAGAAGCAGAGCCACAGAGCAGGAGACCCACGGCCCGGAACAAACACCAGCUCCUCCCACUCGCAGGAUUAAAGAGAGGAAAGGAAAACACUAGUAAGACAAGGAUGUGAUGGAAGGAGAAGUAGGCAAAGAAAAAGAAUUCCAAGAGUCUUUCCAGCCAAGCUCCCAACUCCUCCAACACUUAUACAUAUACACGCAGAGAUGCUCACACAGAUAUUGACACCUGCAGAGAGAGACAUGCUUCGGAUGAGAAAGUUCUGCUCAGUUUUCCCAGUGCCUCCAGCCAUGACAGAUAAACCUUUGCUUGCUAACCCCUGUUUUACCUGCAAAGCUAAUAGACAAUGCCUAGGUGCAAAAGGAACUGAAGACACAGCAUUUGGCAAUGUGCACACCUAAUUCCGGAGAGAGACUUGGAGUGUUGCACCUGAGCCAUCUAGCCAUCAGGACCAAUCUCCAGGGGCCGCAGUGGGGUAUAUGCAUUACUCACACAUAGGAUGCUAAAAUAAAAGGCAUUGUUGGGUGUCAGAUUGACAAGAUGUGACGUUAUUAAUAUAAUCUGGGACCAUAUAGAUCAUUGUUGCAACCAAGGUCCUGUAGUGGCACGCAAAUCUUGUAUAAAGGGGGUCAAAUGGGGUGUCUAAGACAAGGUUAUGGUUUACUGGUUAUGAUUAGGCUGUCUAUAUGUGUAUCAAUUUUGUAGUUAAAGUUAUAAAUAUUGGCUCUAUACUGUCUGUAUUUCAAACUUAUGCUAUGCUGCUGGGUGACAUCCCAGACAAACUGGUGUUAGCUCUGCCUAGCCUGCUUGAUGGCCCAUUAAGGACCAUCAGCUAUACAAUGGACCCAUUGAGAGAAGGCAAAUAUGCCUUGAGACUCAGCAAAGUAUGCAGGAACUUGCCCAUGUGACUCCAGACUCCAUUUUGCUGUAAUUUUCCACAGUAAGAACAAAGAGGUGUUCUUACACCUGGAAAAGACUAUAUAAGGCUGAUGCCUCAUCUCCAUCUUGUCUUCAAUCCUGCUUCAUACCUCUGGAGGAACUUUGCUACAAGCUGAAGCUUUGAACAAAGGACUGAGGACCCAUCCCAGCGGGGGAUGUAUUCCAGAGACUUGAUUUGAACCUGCAGUUUAUUCCAUUGCUGCUGCAAGCCUGAACCAAGAACUUUGCCAUUACUGUAUGUAAUUGAUUCCAUUUAACCAAU